AUGACUGAUAAGGUUCGCCGUGGCUUUCCGACGGAGCUCCUCCUUUCGGCUCUCCUCUUAUGUCUGGUUCCGGUGAUGAUUCCGGUCGGUGAGGCGGUGUGGCUAGAGGUACCUCCCACCGGAACAAAGUGUGUAUCGGAAGAAAUCCAGAGCAAUGUCGUCGUUUUAGGCGAUUACCUCAUCAUCUCGGAGGAUCAUAACGUCUUACCCACCAUCUCCGUCAAGGUGACAUCCCCAUAUGGCAACAGACUGCACCAUAUGGAAAACGUAACGCAUGGCCAAUUUGCGUUUACAACCCAAGAAUCCGGGAACUACAUGGCUUGCUUUUGGGCAGAUGCAAAGAGUCACGGAAACCAGAAUGUUAGCAUCAACAUUGACUGGAAAACCGGAAUCGCUGCUAAAGAUUGGGACUCUAUUGCUAAGAAAGAGAAGAUUGAGGGUGUGGAGCUGGAGAUUAGGAAACUCGAAGGCGCAGUCGAAGCCAUCCAUGAAAAUCUACUCUACCUAAGAGGCAGAGAAGCAGAGAUGAGGACAGUGAAUGAGAAAACGAACUCCCGUGUAGCGUGGUACAGUAUAAUGUCGCUGGGUAUCUGCAUUGUGGUCUCUGGUUUACAAGUAGUCUACUUGAAGCAUUACUUUGAGAAGAAGAAGCUUAUAUAG